AUGGGGACUCUGGUGGCCAAACUGCUCCUGCCCACGCUCAGCAGCCUGGUCUUCCUCCCCACGGUCAGCAUUGCUGCCAAGAGGCAGUUCCACAUGGAGGCCAUGGUCUACCUCUUCACCAUGUUCUUUGUGGCGCUCUACCACGCCUGCAAUGGGCCCGGCCUGUCGGUUCUCUGUUUCCUGCGCCACGACAUCCUGGAGUACUUCAGCGUCUACGGGACGGCCCUGAGCAUGUGGGUGUCACUGAUGGCACUGGCCGACUUCGAUGAGCCCAAGCGGUCGACUUUAGUGAUGUUUGGCGUCCUGACCAUCGCUGUGCGGAUCUACCAUGACCGCUGGGGCUACGGGGUGUACUCGGGCCCCAUCGGCACAGCCGUCCUCAUCAUUGCGGCCAAGUGGCUGCAGCAGAUGAAGGAGACGAGGCGCCUGUAUCCUGACAAGAGCGUGUACACCCAGCAGAUAGGCCCCGGCCUCUGCUUUGGGGCCCUGGCUCUCAUGCUGCGCUUCUUCUUUGAGGACUGGGAUUACACCUACGUCCACAGCUUCUACCACUGUGCCCUGGCCAUGGCCUUCGUCCUGCUGCUGCCCAAGGUCAACAAGAAGGCUGGAAGCGCGGGGCCCCCCGCCAAGCUGCACUGCUCCACCCUCUGCUGUGCUUGUAUCUAA